CUAGAGAACCUAUUUUAGUCCCUGCAUUUCAGCUUUGAUAUAUUAUGAGCAUAGAGAAGCACUUUCGGGGUAUGUCUGCAGAGACAACCAAUCAAUACACUUUUGAUCCUACAGAACAAUGAGCGACGCCAUCGAUGAGCCUAUCAAGCAGGUAGCGCAGGACAUUGAACCUGAAUUUUCCGAGAAGGAAAAGAAGCACCCGAAACGCAGGGAUUCAGGGGAUCUUGGAGAGGAACGCGACUAUACGAAUCCAAAUCGUUAUUGGUUCGAGUCAACAGCAUGUCCUCUGAUCGCAGGAACCUUCGGCCCUAUGGCCUCCGCGUUUUCCAUAUGUGCCUUGUCUUCGAGUUGGAGAGUUUACAUACCGCCUGGGGGUACCGUCAACAACGGCACGACCAUCGAUGACCCACAAUGGUUACUUGCUAUAAAUGCUAUCUCUCUUGCUCUCGCUCUCAUUGCAAACGGAUCGUUGCUACUCAACAUGGCCCAUCAUCUACGAUUCUCGAUAGCGCAACCUAUCACGAUAGUUGGCUUUACCGUCUCCUCUGGACUCCUGAUUGCUGAUCUCAUUGCUCUGAGUGUAUCAAGCACAUAUCAACUGCCGGCUGACUCCCCUGCUGCAUCUGCCGCCCAUCAUGCUUUGACCUCGGCUUUCUACUACGCCAUCAUGGCUGCUGCAAUCUAUCUCACCAUUGCUUCGCUCAUGUGCUUGACCGUCUGGGGCGCAUACAAGGGACACUAUGCAAGACACUUCAAUCUCACAGCCGCACAAAGAACACUGAUGCUGCAGACAAUGAGUUUCUUCACCUACCUACUACUCGGUGCCUUGGUUUUCAGCCAUGUUGAGAAGUGGGAGUAUCUGGAUGCCGUAUACUGGGCAGAUGUAACGCUGCUUACCGUUGGCCUUGGGGACUACUCACCGAGCACUCACAUGGGCCGUUCGCUGUUCAUCCCUUUCGCCAUUGGUGGCAUUGUCAUCCUCGGUCUGGUCGUUGGCUCGAUCCGAACCUUGGUCUUGGAGCGAGGACAAAAGAAGAUCUCGGCACGCAUGAUGGAGAAGAAACGGCUUCGAGCUGUCAAUAGUGUUGGCGAUGGAAGACAGCGCAUAAGAGUCAGCCGCUUCCAAACCAUGAAGUUUGUCGAAAGCUACACGGAUGCUGCACAAAAGAGAGAGCAAGAGUUCAGAGCGAUGAGAAGAGUGCAGUACUGUGCUGAGAGGGAUCGCAAGUGGAUUGCACUUGCUGUUUCUACAACAGCGGCUUUUACGCUCUGGCUUGUGGGAGCUGCCAUUUUCCAUGUUGCGGAGAAAGCUCAAGGCUGGACUUAUUUCCAGACGAUGUACUUUACCUAUACCUGUCUGCUUACGAUUGGCUACGGAGACUUCACCCCGUUGUCGAACUCUAGCAAAGCCUUCUUCAUCCUGUGGUCUUUGCUGGCAGUACCAACCCUCACAAUCCUAAUCAGCGACAUGGGCGACACAGUCGUCCAACUCUUCUCCAACAUAACAGUCUGGAUCGGCUCCUUGACCGUCUUGCCGGACGAACAAGGCAUCCGCACCGCCUUCAAAGCAGCCCUAAAAUCCCUCCCCAUGGGCCACCUCGGCUCCCACGACCUCUCGACCUUAAAUCCCGGCGGCGUUACCCAAACACGCGGCCCAAAAGCCGACAGUACAGACAACGAUACAGACCACGAAACAACAAUGAUGGACCGCAUAGCCGACCGCAUGGCUAAACACCUAGAAGCCGAAGAACUGCAAGAAGCCCUUCAAGCAGAACAAGCAGGCGAUACCCUCGAACGCGACAUCCACUUCUACCAUUUCAUUCUCGCACGCGAGACCCAACGUAUGAUGAAAGACCUAAACUCCUCACCUCCAAAACGGUACGAGUGGGGUGAAUGGGAGUAUUUUUUGAAACUCAUGUCCAGCACCACUGCCACUUCCACCAACGAACCUUCCACUAAUCCAGACUCGGAUUCCGACGAUGUGAUUCCUGAAGAAUUACGAUUGCCAGAGACAAGAGAACAGUGGAACCGCAAACAUGUGGAUUAUCGAUGGAGUUGGUUGAGUAGGGAAUCACCAUUGAUGGGGUAUAAGAGUGAGACGGAGUGGAUUUUGGAGAGGCUGGGCACGUGUUUGGAGAGGGAGUUGAGGGAGUCGAGAUUGUUGCCUUAUCGCACCAGAGAAGAGAGGAGGAAGCCUCCUGUGAGUAUGGCCGAGAUGGUUAGGAGAGGUAGGAAUAAGCAAAGGGGGGAUGAUAGAGCUGAGGAGGAUGGGAAGGUGUGAGGUUUGAGCUGAUUUCAGAGGGAAGGCAUGCGUGUGGGCGUUGGUAGGUGUUGAUACCCCU